GCAGCACCUACAGGAAUGGGUAAUACAAGCUGAUGAAGGCACUUGCGGCCAACUGGCACAAUCACGUUUCCAGUGGCCUAGUAAUUAGGGAGCUGCCUCAGACUUCGGUCCAAGUCCAAACUCUAGUACGUGAGCUAGGAAUGGAGAAGAGCAUGGGGCCGACCAAGGUUCACACCCGCACUUGGUUGCCAGGAGAUAGAUCAAUCCAUGCUGGGUACAAGACUACUUUUAUGGCCAGGAGCAGUGCCCACCUCAUUACCAAGGAGCAAAGUGAACCAAAAAAUAACUUCAUCUUUUACACAGGCAUCACAUGUGGUGAAAAAGUUUACAAAGCUCUUCCUACACUUGCUCUUGUUAGCCUUGGCACCACACCAAGAGGGAGUCAGCUGCGUUUGUGAUCCUAUUUUACUUCUAGAAAGACUCAGAAAGCUCUAAUGACUUGCACAGGAUCAUACAGUUCAAAGCCAAGACUCAGACUGAUGUCUAUUUAUAAAGUUAUGUUUUUUCUACUGAUAAUUUAGUGCCUCCAGUCAGGCAGAGCCUCUGCUGUGGGCAAACCAAUAUGUAAACCACAAUGACAUUCUCGUUCCCCUAAGUUCAGCCUGGUUCAGAGGUGUCUUGGGCUCUGAAAGGGCCACACAGGGACUUGGGCUCUAUACAUGGGCAAGCGCACAAUGGGAAGAAUUCAGACAUUGAUUCUGCACCUAGGUCUGCCUCAACCUACUGGGAAGAUCUUAGGUAAACCAAUUCCCCUCUGAGCCUCAGCUUCCUCAUCUGUAAAAUUGCUCUCCUCUGGCAUUCUAUGGAUAUACCACGCCACGUGGUCCUCCUCCUGCUCCUUGGGGAAUAUUUGAUGUGUGUGUGUGUAUGGCGGACCUAGCAGUUACAGCCCUCCUGGGUUAUCAAGGCUGUCACAGGCAAAAUUCUGGUUUCAUAUAUGAGAUCAUUAUUUGUACAACAAUGAGGGGCAUUAAUAAUUUGGCACGUGGCCUGGGUGGGCCCUUCAAAGUCUUAAAGAUCAGUUUAAAAGCGGAGAGGUGUGCGUCCUGGUGCCUCCCCCACCCACAGGUAAGGCGGGUGAUCGUUCUACGGUCAGGCCAGGGCAGUGGCUUUGGAGCAACUAGGAGAGUUAAGGGUGGGGGAGGCAAGGUUCUAGUCUGGGAUGUGCACAUAUCGUUGUCACCAUCCCGUCUCUAGGCCUCUGCAGUCCUUCCUGCUCUAAAAGGGGGAACGGCCUGAGAGCUCCUGGAGCAAUGGAAGACGGAGAGGACCGGGUCUGGGUAAGGGUGAGGGGCGCGGCGCGGGAUUGGGGGCCUCGGAGAAACUCCCCUAGCGGAUCCCGCCCGCGUCAGCCACCUCUGUAGCAGUAGCGUGUUCACAAGGACCCCAAACAGCGAACACGCAUCCGGGUCCUCCGGGCUCUGGCAGUAGGAGACGAGGCGGAGCCUUCAGAGGCGGGGCCUGCCGUGAUUGGUUGGCUCGGGCUCCGGGAGUCCUCCAAGACGCCAGGUGAUGCUGUCCCGUGAUGCCCCGCGCCCCGGCCGCUCUGGCCUGCAACGUGUCUUCGGGGCGGAGACAGCGGUAGUGGAGCUGAGCGCGGGUGGGGGCCACCUGUCUCUUUGCUAGUGUCCGUCUCGCUAUCGUCGCCCUCGAGUCCCGACGGGCCGCCCCAGGCCUCGACAUGUCGUACAACUACGUGGUAACGGCACAGAAGCCCACCGCCGUGAACGGCUGCGUGACCGGACACUUUACUUCAGCUGAAGAUUUGAACCUGUUGAUUGCCAAAAACACAAGAUUAGAGAUCUAUGUGGUCACUGCGGAGGGGCUUCGGCCAGUCAAAGAGGUGGGCAUGUAUGGGAAGAUUGCCGUCAUGGAGCUUUUCAGGCCCAAGGGGGAGAGCAAGGACCUGCUGUUUAUCCUGACAGCCAAGUACAAUGCCUGCAUCCUGGAGUAUAAGCAGAGUGGAGAGAGCAUUGAUAUCAUUACGCGAGCUCAUGGCAACGUCCAGGACCGUAUUGGCCGCCCCUCAGAGACCGGCAUUAUUGGCAUCAUUGACCCUGAGUGCCGGAUGAUUGGCCUGCGACUGUAUGAUGGCCUUUUCAAGGUUAUUCCACUAGAUCGGGACAAUAAAGAGCUCAAGGCCUUUAACAUCCGCCUGGAGGAGUUGCAUGUUAUCGACGUCAAAUUCUUGUAUGGUUGCCAAGCGCCUACCAUUUGCUUUGUCUACCAGGACCCUCAGGGGCGGCAUGUAAAAACCUAUGAGGUAUCUCUCCGAGAGAAGGAGUUCAAUAAGGGCCCUUGGAAACAGGAAAAUGUAGAAGCUGAAGCUUCCAUGGUGAUUGCAGUCCCAGAGCCCUUUGGAGGGGCCAUCAUCAUUGGACAGGAAUCAAUCACCUAUCACAAUGGUGACAAAUACCUGGCGAUUGCCCCUCCUAUCAUCAAGCAAAGCACAAUUGUGUGCCACAAUCGUGUGGACCCCAAUGGUUCAAGAUACCUGCUGGGAGAUAUGGAAGGACGGCUUUUCAUGCUGCUUUUGGAGAAGGAGGAACAGAUGGAUGGCACUGUCACCCUCAAGGAUCUCCGUGUGGAACUCCUUGGAGAGACCUCGAUUGCUGAGUGUUUGACGUACCUUGAUAAUGGUGUUGUGUUUGUGGGUUCUCGGCUGGGUGACUCACAGCUUGUAAAGCUCAACGUUGACAGUAAUGAACAAGGUUCCUAUGUAGUGGCCAUGGAAACCUUUACCAAUUUAGGACCCAUUGUUGACAUGUGCGUGGUAGACCUGGAGAGGCAGGGGCAGGGCCAGCUGGUUACUUGCUCUGGGGCUUUCAAGGAAGGUUCCUUGCGGAUCAUCCGGAAUGGAAUUGGAAUCCAUGAGCAUGCCAGCAUUGACUUACCCGGCAUCAAAGGCUUAUGGCCACUUCGGUCUGAACCCAAUCGUGAGACUGAUGACACUUUGGUGCUCUCUUUUGUGGGCCAGACGAGAGUUCUCAUGUUAAAUGGGGAGGAGGUGGAAGAAACUGAACUGAUGGGUUUCGUGGAUGAUCAGCAGACUUUCUUCUGUGGCAAUGUGGCUCAUCAACAACUUAUCCAGAUCACUUCAGCAUCGGUCAGGUUGGUCUGUCAAGAACCCAAAGCUUUGGUCAGUGAAUGGAAGGAGCCUCAGGGCAAGAACAUUAGUGUGGCCUCCUGCAACAGCAGCCAGGUAGUGGUAGCCGUUGGCAGGGCCCUCUACUACCUGCAGAUCCAUCCUCAGGAGCUGCGACAGAUCAGCCACACAGAGAUGGAACAUGAAGUGGCAUGCUUGGACAUCACACCAUUAGGGGACAGCAGUGGGCUGUCCCCUCUUUGUGCCAUUGGCCUCUGGACAGACAUUUCAGCUCGUAUCUUGAAGCUGCCCUCUUUUGAACUACUGCAUAAGGAGAUGCUGGGUGGAGAGAUCAUUCCUCGCUCCAUCCUGAUGACCACCUUUGAGAGUAGUCAUUACCUCCUUUGUGCCUUGGGAGAUGGGGCACUUUUCUACUUUGGGCUCAACAUUGAGACAGGCUUGUUGAGCGACCGUAAGAAGGUGACUUUGGGUACCCAGCCCACGGUAUUGAGGACUUUCCGUUCUCUUUCUACUACCAACGUCUUUGCUUGCUCUGACCGUCCCACUGUCAUCUACAGCAGCAACCACAAAUUGGUCUUCUCCAAUGUCAACCUCAAGGAAGUGAACUACAUGUGUCCCCUCAACUCAGAUGGCUAUCCUGACAGCCUGGCACUGGCCAACAACAGCACCCUUACCAUUGGCACCAUUGAUGAGAUCCAGAAGCUGCACAUUCGCACAGUUCCCCUCUACGAGUCUCCCAGGAAAAUAUGCUAUCAGGAAGUAUCCCAGUGUUUUGGGGUCCUCUCUAGCCGCAUUGAAGUCCAAGACACAAGUGGAGGCACAACUGCUCUGAGGCCCAGUGCCAGCACCCAGGCCCUGUCCAGCAGUGUCAGCUCCAGCAAGUUGUUCUCCAGCAGCACAGCUCCUCACGAGACCUCCUUUGGAGAAGAGGUGGAGGUACAUAACCUCCUUAUCAUCGACCAGCACACCUUUGAAGUGCUUCAUGCCCACCAGUUUCUGCAGAAUGAGUAUGCCCUCAGCCUGGUUUCCUGCAAGUUGGGCAAAGACCCUAACACAUACUUCAUUGUGGGCACAGCCAUGGUGUAUCCUGAAGAGGCAGAGCCCAAGCAGGGUCGCAUUGUGGUCUUUCAGUACUCAGAUGGAAAACUACAGACUGUGGCUGAAAAGGAGGUGAAAGGGGCUGUUUACUCCAUGGUGGAAUUUAAUGGGAAGCUGUUGGCCAGCAUCAAUAGCACGGUGCGGCUGUACGAGUGGACAACAGAGAAGGAGCUGCGCACAGAGUGCAACCACUACAACAACAUCAUGGCCCUCUACCUGAAGACCAAGGGCGACUUCAUCCUUGUGGGCGACCUCAUGCGCUCGGUGCUGCUUCUGGCCUACAAGCCCAUGGAAGGAAACUUCGAAGAGAUUGCUCGAGAUUUUAAUCCCAACUGGAUGAGCGCUGUGGAAAUCUUGGAUGAUGACAAUUUCCUGGGGGCUGAAAAUGCCUUUAACUUGUUUGUGUGUCAGAAGGAUAGCGCCGCCACCACCGAUGAAGAGCGGCAGCACCUUCAGGAGGUUGGUCUCUUCCACCUGGGCGAGUUUGUCAAUGUCUUUUGCCACGGCUCUCUGGUCAUGCAGAAUCUGGGUGAGACGUCCACCCCCACACAAGGCUCGGUGCUGUUUGGCACGGUCAACGGCAUGAUUGGGCUGGUGACUUCACUGUCAGAGAGCUGGUACAACCUCUUGUUGGACAUGCAGAAUCGACUCAAUAAAGUCAUCAAAAGUGUGGGCAAGAUUGAACACUCCUUCUGGAGAUCCUUUCACACUGAGCGGAAGACGGAACCAGCCACAGGCUUCAUUGAUGGCGACUUGAUUGAGAGUUUCCUAGAUAUCAGCCGUCCCAAGAUGCAGGAAGUUGUGGCAAACCUACAGUAUGACGAUGGCAGCGGUAUGAAGCGAGAGGCCACUGCAGACGAUCUCAUCAAGGUUGUGGAGGAGCUAACUCGGAUCCAUUAGCCAUGGGCAAAGGUCCCCAAAGGCUUUGCCCUGCUGCCCGCCCCCUCCUCUCCUACCAUUGUAUUCUUGGCCAUGAGGGACCUUUCCCUAAGCCAGCUGCCCCAAAGCCACAGUUCACCUGUGUGGAAAUGGGGCCGUCUUAGAACUAAAACUAGUUCACUAGUGACCUGGGCAUGGGCUAAAGGUGAACCAUUUUCUCCCUGGAUUUUUACCAGUCUCAAAUGAUUCCAGCUAUCACCUUGGCCCACCAAGCUUUGAUUGGUAUAGCCAGUUGUCCGCCUUCCAGGGAGGGAUCUCGUGGCUCUUUAGCUGAAACGAAGCUGUGUGUGCGUGUGUGCGUGCGUGCGUGCGUGCGUGUGUGUGUGUGUAUCUCACACUCAUGCAUUGUCCUCUACUAUCUUUAUUUAGGUUGGGAGUGUAGGGAGGUUGCCCAUAGUAGGGAAGAGGGUUGGGAGGGCUUCAUUAUCUUGAAGUGAAACCUUCCUUUUACUUUUCUACUUUUGCCUGUGAGAGCAUUGGUUACAGGCCAUGGGCUGCCUAAGUUCAAAACCUGGAGAAGGUGGGUGAUCCCCAAGCCACAGGAGGUGGGGGGAUGUCAGUUUCUGAGUUUUACCAAAUAAAGUAGUAUCUAAGAAGAAGAGUACAUUUAUUUCUACUUUUCUCCCCUUGCCUAGCUAUCCAGCAUCCUAGGAAUGCCGUUCUCAAUUUACUGCAGACUCACGCAGUAUCCCCCACUUGUCCUUGCUAUUGGAACAAAUCUCUAAAGUAUGUCAUCUUUA